GGAGCUCGUGCCCCGAUGACGAGGCCUGCUGGUAUGUCAUCCUCGGGCCAGGCCCGGGCUCAGGCUGCAGACGCCCCUUCUACUAGUAGGGCUGGUACAUCUAGAGGUGGGGGUAGACCGGUUCCUCCGAUUCUGUCGACUUAUCCUUAUCCUGGAUGGCCAGAUAUGCCGACUGAGUUGAUGGCGUGGCAAUAUGGGGCUAUCUCUCCGACCCCGAUCCCGCUAGAGCCUCCGAUGCCCAGUGAUCGAUACGCCAUUGAUCCUGACUCACCGCUGGUAUGCUCCACUAUUUUUCAUUCAUCAUUUAGAUGUUUAGACAUUCUUUUGUUCACUGAUGAUUAUGAGCUCAUAUUUGCAGCCACCGCGAGAGUAGAUGGAGGAGGUGGUUGGACUGGUGGCCACAGUCGAGGGCAUGGUCCUGCGGAGGGAGGCACAGUUGUCUAUCGCGGGCAUUCAGAUGCCUUCAUGGUCCGGUCAGCCGCAGGCCAGGCCACUUGGGCCUCCUUGGGGAGCUGGGCCAUCUGGGCCAUUUCACGGAGUUGGGUCAUCCGGGCCUUUUCAGGGGGCUGGGCCAUCCGGGCCUUUUUAGGGAGCUGGGCCAUCUAGGCCUUUUCGAGGAGC